AUGUCUUCAAUUGCAUUUGGAAGGAUCUCAAAAACUUAUAAUAAAUCAUUCUUGGUUAAAUCGUUGACUGCUUUAGCUGGUGCUUCAGCAAUUGCAACUUACUUUUAUCAAAAUAAUAAUAAUAAUAAUAACAAACAUAAAGAUAAAGGUCCAUUAUUAGGAUUAUUAGGAUUUAAUGGUGAUAUCAAUGUAAGAAAAUCUCGUGUUCCAGAUGGUAAAGGAUUCAAAGAUUAUCAAAAAGUUUAUAAUGAAAUUGCUCAAAAAUUGGAAGAUCAUCCAGAAUGGGAUGAAUAUGAUGGUUAUUAUGGAGUUUUAUUAAGAUUAUCAUGGCAUUCAUCAGGUACAUAUUCAAAAGAUUCAAAUACUGGUGGUUCAUUUGGUGGUACAAUGAUCUAUGGACCUGAAAAAGAUGAUAAAGAAAAUAAAGGUUUAACAAAUGGCCAAGAUUUCUUAGAACCAUUAUUGAAAAAAUAUCCAUGGAUAUCUCGUGGUGAUUUAUGGACUCUUGGUGGUGUUUGUGCUGUACAAGAAUCUGGUGGUCCAAAAAUUAAAUGGUUACCAGGUAGACAAAAUGAUGAUACUGGAAAACAUGUACCUGAAAAUGGUUUACUUCCUGAUGCUUCAAGAGAUGGACCAUAUGUUAGAAAAGUUUUUAACAGAAUUGGAUUUAAUGAUAGAGAAACAGUUGCUUUAAUUGGUGCUCAUUGUUUAGGAAGAUGUCACAGAGAGUAUUCUGGAUUUUUAGGACCAUGGACCAGCAGCCCUUCUACAUUUUCUAAUCUAUUCUAUACUGAAUUAUUAGGAAAAUGGCAUGUUAAAAAAUGGGAUGGUCCAAAACAAUACGAAGAUGAAGAAACUAGUAAUUUAAUGAUGCUACCAACUGAUAUGUCAUUAAAAGAAGAGCCGUAUUUUGUGAAAUAUGUUAAAAUGUAUGCUGAUGAUGAAGAGUUAUUCUUUAAAGAUUUUGCUGAAGCUUAUGCUAAAUUGAUUUCUAAUGGUGUAACAUAUCCAAAAGAUGAAAAACCUUAUAUAUUUAAAACAUUAGACGAGCAAGAAGAAAAUUAA